UGUGACAGACCGUGUGCCAUACACGUCCAUUAAACACAUGUCUUUGUCAAUAGUCUUCAGUCCUCCAUUUACUUAUCUCCACCACUGAACAGUGCACCAAAUUACAAUCAAACACUGUUGAAAACAGUUUAACAGAAAUGUGACUGGGUCAGAGGCUCAGGUGAGUGUGUUUAUAAGGUUUUCCGGUCACUAAUUAAUCUCUCAAGCAGACCCUGGUGGGCUGGGGGUGGGGAGGAAGAUACCCAAGGCUGGACAGUCAGUAGCAGCUACAUUUGGGAGAGAGGGGAUCAGGUUCCCUCUGAACACACAUGAUCCUGCCUGAGUUACCCGAGCUGUGUCCCCCUCUCAUACUGUCACUCUCAGACCAGUGCUUAGUCACACAGGCUUUAUUAGUGCAGUUAUUGCUGCAGGUUACCCCAUAGUGUCUCUUUUUUGGCUGGGCUGAAUCUCCACCGUCUGCUCUGGGACUUGGCUUGGCUCUACCGUCCCUGUCUCUCAACCCCCUCCCCCAACCCCCUACAGCACACGGCAGGCGGAACAGACUUUGUGCUGAACCGACAUGUUUCUAGUUCUCAUCGUGACGCCGGAACUAAGAGAGUUCUUGGACAGGGCAAGGGAUGGAGCUGUUCGCCUCAUCCAGGUGCGGAUCCAGGACAGUGAGUGACCCAGGGGACAGCGGUGGAGGGAUCUAAGACGGGAGGGGUCUUGGUGAGACAGAAGAUGCUGUACUCUGCCACCCGAGCCACAGUGAAGAAGGAGUUUGGUGGUGGUCAUGUGAAGGACGAGAUGUUUGGCACAGUGGAGGAGGACAUCUGUCUGGAAGGGUACCAGCGCCAUGUGUCCUCCAGCUCCUGCACUGCCCCACUCACAGCUGCUGAACAGGAGUUGCGGAGAAUCAAAAUGAAAAGGUGAAAACAGAGACCAGCGUAGCGAGUAAGCGCCAAGCACUGCAGGGCCUUGCUUUCCCACUGCAGGAGGACGCCAAACGGGUUCUACAACAACUUGCACAGAAACACAUCAACUACAUACACCUGAAGUUGGACACAGAGCGAGAGACGAUAGAGCUGGUCCAUUCCGACCCGACAUAGGCCCAUGAGAUGCCUUGCAGGGUUCCCACGGAUACGCCCAGAUACAACUUCUUCCUCUAUAAACACUCCCAUGAAGGGGACUACUUGGAAUCUGUGGUGUUCAUCUACUCCAUGCCCGGGUACAGCUGUAGCAUUAAAGAGCGGAUGCUGUACUCCAGUUGUAAGAGUCGACUGCUGGAUGAGGUGGAGAAAGAUCUGGAAGUUGCCAAGAAGAUGGAAAUUGACAAUGGGGAUGAGUUGACAGAGGAGUUUGUGUAUGAUGAGGUUCAUCCUAAACAGCAUGCCUUGCAGUAGGCCUUCGCCAAGCCUCGUGGACCAGCAGGGAAGAGAGGCAGUAUGCUCCUCAUCAAGAGCCCAGCGGAUGGGGAGGGCAGGCCGGAGAAAUAGAGAGAGGGAAAGAGCGUUGUCGUCACCCCAGCCCAAGCCAUCCCCAGCCUGCCCCAGCCCUGCCCUCAAACCUCCUCCUCCUGUUGCCAUGGCAUCUGGCAGCUUGUUUGGCCACGAGGAAGGAAAAGGAGAAGAACAUGGAUUUCUCCUGGCAUUUUUAUUUUCACCCCCCUUUGCUUGUGUUUUAACAAAGUGUCAUUACUGUACAUGCUAUUCAUGAACAUCAACUAUAGGAUAAAAUGAAGGAAAUCCAUGUGUUUCUCUCAUUCUCUCUCUUAAAAACAUUAAACAUACAUUUACAUUUUACAUUUUAGUCAUUUAGCAGACGCUCUCAUACACACACAGAUGGACAGACAGAUGGACUGACAAAAAUGAAAGACCAAUGGGUGGUCUUACAGAUACCUCAGCCAAACUUCUCUAUUGCUAAUGUCACAUUGGCAUACAGAAGAAGCCUGUCCAUCUGAUGUGUUGUCAUAGGGUUGCAAAAUUCAAGUAACUUUCCCCAAAUUCAGUUUUUCCAGAAAUCCUGGUUAGAGGAUUUCCUGCUUAUUCCCUUGUAACUCUAGGAAUCUUCCAACCAGUUUUUCUGGAAAUCCAAGAAAUUUGGGGAAUGUUACCGGAAUUUUGCUACCCUAGUUGUCCAUAUCUUGCCUGUUGCCACUAAAUGUUUUGUAUCAAACAUGUUUGUAAAAACAGAUGAUACUAACGAGAGGAAUUCCAAAUAAAAUGUAGUUUUUUUUGUGUAUGUUGUGUCUUUUUCUUAUCACUGAAAUUAUAAGUUAAAGAAAACAGCACAAACUGCAUGGGACCGAUGAUGCAUCAUUACAAGAGAAAGUCUCCUGUGGCAGCUAUUGAAGGACACACAGAGGGGACAGGGAGGACACUUCUGACUAGACUCGUGAAGGCUGCAGCACUGACUGGCCUGUUGAGGGAGCAAAUGGCCAUCUUUUAACAUACUGUAAGCACAGAUUGUCAACAUGCGCAGGCAGCCAUGCAUAAUUACAACAGAGCUGAGUCCCUGUUAAUUAAGAUCUGUAAGGAAUUCCUUCUUAAUUGAAUUAGUGAGUAGCCUAUUAGCCCACAUGCCUUUGAGAGCAGGUUCAUUAAAACAUCUGAUGACAGACACUGUUUACACGUUUAGACUAACAUAAGGUAAAGGCACCCCAAAAAGCCAUAUCACAUGAUGACAUAUUGCACAUUACACUUCUUCAACAGUGUAUUGUAAUUUAAUGCUGGUCCCAUUGGGACACACAGUUCCAGUUUAGUACUGCUACUGGCCUGAUUCAAUCAUCAAGCCCUUGAUUAAUUGAAACAGGUGUAUUAGUGCUGGUCAGGGACAAAAGCCUGUACAACAGUUGGUUCCCAGCCAGGUCAGACCAGCUGGAAGACGAAUUCAAUAACCUUUUCAACAGUUUGUUUGAAAGCUUGCCUUACUCUACCGAACGAGUCUGUCAUACAAAUAACGAGCCAUUUUACUGUGGCAAAUGAAUGUUAGGCUACCACACACCACACCUAACAUCACAUUUGUUUAUAAUCAGGGGUGAACGUAAGGCAGUAUAGUCCGGUACGACGUCCCGGCAAAAUACAUAGUGGGGUACGCCAUACCUGUAAAACGUAAGCCUAUCACAAUUAAUACAACAUGCCCAAAACACUAUAGGCUUUUACACCAUUAUUUAACAUUACUUCGUGUCACCGUAUGAAAAAUUAGCGAAUUGACUGGAAACCAGGUGGUAUACCCUCCAAAUUGAGUUGUGGUUUGAGGAGAACACUUACAUGUUGCCAAGGCAGAGAUGAGUGGCCGAGACCGAGGCGCGCGUGGACAACCGUGGAUGCAUAAAUUCAGGCUAGUGUAUGCCUAAUUACUUUGUCAUUGGGUCAGUGCCACUUUUGUUUGUUUUUGGACAAUAAUUUCCUCCUCCAGGUUAGAUGGACGUCAUAUUGUAUUUGUGUCUCCCCUUUUCGUAGGCCAAUUAUAUAUGGAUCAGACAACAUCGUUUUUAUUGAUCUGUUUGUCAGUGUCAGCAGAGUAGGCUACCCUGUAUUUUUUGUAGUAUUCAAAAAAUGCGUGCGCGCACUUGGAUGUCCCGUAGCGGUAAGAAAUUAAAUCCACUUUCAUAAGUAUUUUCAGCUGACGAAGAUUAUUUGGAAAAACCCUAUUCGUUCCGCAUACCCAUUAUUCUAGUGACUCAAUUCCCAGAAUGUGUAGAGAGCUGGCUGCAGGUCUAGUGGGCGGAGAUAAUCGCAUCAGAAUUCGUGCCAAGUGACUAGGGGGAAGGUAUAGUGGUACGGUCUGAUUCCUGGCAGAGCAGCAAGACUGAAUUACUAUGAUUAAUUUAGACUCACCAGGAAUGAGCAAUUAGUUGUUUUUUUACACUGGCAUUCACAGUAACAGAUUUCAAAUAAUAAAAUGUGGACAGGCUCGGUGGCGGUGCGCAUGACGUCAGAAGCUCUGGUGUACUGAACAGUUCUUAGAAUGGAAUCAGAGUAGAAUUCUUGGAAUUGGUUCAUUUUAAAAGCCGAACCCACACACCCUCCCGCACAUGCUAUGAACCCAUUUUUAGAGACAACACUCAUCUGCUGCUCUGUAUCCUCUUUUUCUACAUUUCACAUUUAUUUUUGUGCUUUUGAAUGAGAUUAUUAGUUUAUUAACAUAGGGGAUAUUCGGAUGCGUCUCUAUUCACUGAACAGUUGCGUGGGACAUUAAUUGGAAUAAAAUAAGAACAUUCCUUCGUAUCGACCGGCUAUAUUUUCGCAAAAACCGCUGUGGAAUUAUUCUAGAGAUAUUGAAGACUCGCCAUCAUGAUUCUUUGUGUUCAAGGCCCCAGACCACUGCUGUCUGGCAGCCCCACAGAGGGCCCCCUGGGCAUGCGGACAGGGAGCAUCUCCUCCCCUCACUGCCUUCACAGCACCCCUCCACAGUGGGACCCCACGAAAGACCUGCGCACCAUCGCCAACAACUUCUUCUACCUUGAUACCUCAGGCUGGUACUGGGGAGCCAUCACAGCAGGUCAGGCCCAUGCAGUUCUCCAGGCAGCGUCAGAAGGGGCCUUUCUGAUUCGAGACAGCAGCCAUCCCCUGUACAUGCUGACCCUGUCUGUUAGGACUGCCCGUGGCCCCACCAGCAUACGCAUCCAGUAUAGUGGAGCCCGGUUUCUGCUAGACUCCAGCUCGCCAGCCCGACCCAGCCUUUUGUCCUUUCCUGACGUGCCUAGCAUGGUGCAGUACUACGUGGGAACAACGAGUAAGGUGCAGCAGGGCAAGAUGGAGGAGACUCAUGGCGCCCAGCCUGCCCAGAGGACAGUUCAGGAGAGCACAGUAGUGCUGAAGCUCAAGCGGGCUGUGCACAAGCCCCAGGCCUUCCCCUCCCUCCAGCACCUCACACGCCUCACCAUCAACUGCAGCACAUGCUGUCCCGACCAGUUGCCACUACCACGCCCACUGGUGCGCUACCUGCAGGACUACCCCUACCAUGUGUGAGCGUCCUCUGGUCUACACUCCCAUGGAAGGCAGAGCUGAAUUAAACGAAACAGUUCAACUAAACCUUGAGCAGCGCUGUCAGAAAGAGGUCCCUGGCAGCUGGAAACCACAUCACUGCACUGGCCACUAAUGGAGCCACAUCAGACAUAUGGUUGGUCAUGAGACCAUGUUUGGGAAAGAACCUUCCAGAAAAUGGUGCCUGGUUUUGGAUUUCUCAGAGGGAAAUGGAAUUCUGCGUACCACCCCACUUCGCAGAGGUGAUUCACUGGAAAACACAAUGUGGUGCUAACUGUAGUGUAUCCUCGUGCUAUGAGGGAUACUGGUUUUUUUUCUGUUUCUGAGCAGUGAAUUGUUUUUCAGUCAGAUGUAUUUUCAAUGUUUACUUUUUUUGUUUAGUCAACAUUGUCAUUUUUUACCCCCCAACUCUGUACAUAUCCCUUUUUCUAUUAAAACAAUAUUCAACAUGA